AUGACCAAGAACGAGCUGAUUGCCGUUGUCAGCGAGAUCAACCCCUUCCCCCCGCAGCAGCUGUACCGGCUGCGGAACACGCGUCGCCGGACGCUGAUCACCAUGAUCGAGAGCCACAUCCAGGGCCAGCCGGUGGCCUUCCCGGUGACCCCGAGCACCCCGAACAGCUCGGCCGCCAAGGAGGCCGCCAGCCCGGGCACCCCGGCCAGCCCGGCCGCCACCGGUGUCCUGACUGGCGCCUCGGCCGGUAGCAUCCUGGCCGCCUCGCCGCACCUUUUCUCCGCCCCGGCCGUUGCCUCGCCGGCCAGCAAGGGCUCCAGCCCGGCUAAGGGGCCCGGCUCAUCUGUGGCCCAAUCCUCGCCCGCGGUCCAGUCCCCGUUCGCCACCAAGGCCACCGGCAGCACCGCCGCCGCCGCCGCCGCCGCCAGCAGCACCCCCUCCCGGGCGCGCGAGCAGGACGAGCAGGAGGAGGUGUCCUCGGUGGUCAAGGUCGCUCGCCAGCUGAGCCGCGUGGCGGCGGCCGCGGCGGCCGAGCUCACCGGCUCCGGCUCCGACUCCGGCUCCGGGUCCUCCUCUUUCUGCACCGAGUCCGGCGGUUCGGCCACCGAGACCGAGUCGGAGGUCUUCUCGGAGAGCGACCUCUCCGGCACCGAGAGCGACGCCUCGGUCGACAGCCUGACCUCGCCGCUGCCCUCGCGCGGGGUCCGCACCCACGUCCUCCACGGGGGCACCCCCUUCCUCAAUGAGUCGACCUUCGACGUGGGCCGGCGCGCGACCACUCGGUCCUCCUCGCGCCGCCACGGGGCGGCCAUCGCCACUCCGGCCGCCCCGGCCCUCGGCCUCGGGCGCAUUCACCUUGCCAUUGCCGUCAUCGAGGUGGUGAUCAUCCUCUUCCGCAGCCUUUCCACUGCCUCGGCCCCGGAUGUCCUGAGCGGUCCAUUGUGGGAUCUCGUGAUCCGACACGCCGGCGCUCCGUGGUCGUCCGUGGCUUGA